AUGCGGUGGACUUUGCAGAUGCCGUCAUGGCUCACCAUGUGUUCGAAAUGCGAAAUCAACGGUGCGAGAUACCUUGGAGCUAUCCCUGUUCACACCGGGAUUUCCCUAGAACCAGAAACAUUGUUAGGUCCCCUGCAGGAAAUUUUCAGGAUAGCUAUCGAUGCGGGCCCUGACCAACCAGGUGUAACAGAGCGUUGUGUAACAUGCAUUUGGCAUCAAUCAUACCAAACAUUCACAAGGGCCAAAAAUACCUUUAUCGCCUUUCGUUGGAAAGAUGCCGCAUGA